AAUUACGCGCCAGAUGUUUAAGCUCUGUCAUGAAGCCUUUGACGCAUUCUCCGUACUGCUGCGUGCGCUUGUUGAACUUCGAACGCUCGGCUAUUACUGAAUAUUCGGGGCUGAAGUGUUUUUCUAGUACCCUCAUUAUUUCUGAGAAGUUCUUGUCAGUAGGACUGUCAGGAACAAAAAUUUUCUUCAGCUCCCCGCACACUGUGCUGCCUACUACGUUCAAGAACGAUCAACUUCUUUGUCUCCGGAAUCUCGUUAAGUGCCACAAAAUUUUCAAACCUUUUGAAAUACGACUUGAUAUCGUCGCUUCUUGGGUUAAACUCUGGCAUGCUUCUAAAGCAUUGCGAAGCUACAGGGAUUGCCAUUUUGAAACGCUCGCCUUCUGACGGUGGCCCGGCCGUCCGUCCCGCUGCAACAGCUGCGCCGGUGCUUGGUUCGGAAUCGUAGCGUCAUCCCAUCCUCGUCGCCAGUUGUUCUUUCGUGGCCAAGGAAAACGACGACGCAGGAAGCCAGGGUAGGAACAAAUGUCGCUUCAUUCGAGAGCGCCUCUGCUUUUAUCGCAUUGACGGUCCUACGUCAUAGGUAUGUGCUGAACUGAUACCGCAACCGGUUUCCUCCGUUUCCGUCUACACAUCGACCAGCACCUUGUUUUCUUCUUCAACCAGCCCACGGUGAAAUCAUAUGGUGAAAUCACCACUUGGCCUGUGCGCCUGUGUGGAUUAAGUGCGCUUAGCAUUGGGUGCAAGUUACAGAACCACAAGUGGUCAAUAUAUACUCGUUGCCACCACCCCUUCCCUCUACAGCGCGCCUCAUAAUCAGACGUUGGCUUUGGCAUCUAAAACCCCUACUCCGUGGCAACGCUGCCGGCAUCAUCACCAUCAUUCAUCAGCGGGCUCGCGCUACGCAUUCUCGCGCCUGCACAAGCCAGCGCCACGCGCUAUGCUAGAGCGAAGAUGGAACGCGCUACGCCGGCACUUGUCUGGCUCUGGUUCUCGCCGCUCGUCGUCGUCCUGGCUACGAAGGACUGCAAGCCCCCGUACAACGCUACGCACACCAUGUGCAUGGAACCGUACCAGAAUUGCACCACGUACUUCAGCGAGACGUUUGUUUCGAACGUGACCAUCCUGUGGAUACACAACCACUACCGCAGCCAUGUCGCGCUGGGCCAGCUGGCCGACUUCCCGCCGGCCGCCGACAUGCUCCAGCUGCGCUGGGACGACGACCUGGCCGAAGUGGCCGAUGCCCGUGGACGCCGCUGCGUCGGGAGCUCGGGGUUAUCGUUCACCGACUACUACGAGCAGCGGUGGACGGCCGACUUCCCCCUGGUGGGCCAGAACCUGCUGGCUCAGCGCAGCGAGAACGCGGUGCAGCCCGUUAGGUGGGAGCACGUGGUGCGGGAGUGGUUCCACCAGUUCACCGACUACCCGACAGACCGAGUUGGCAGCCACCAGAGAUUGAGAGGCACCGACGCCUUCAGCCAGCUGGUCUGGGCGCGCACUUACGCCGUCGGGUGCAGCUACACGCGGAGCGAGGUGCCGGCUCUGGCGCCCAAGAGCAAGGUGUUCAUCUACGUCUGCAACUACGGACCCGCGGGCGGCGAGGUCGGCAAGCCGCUCUACCAGGCCGGCGCACCGUGCUCGCGCUGUGCCGAGGACACGGUGUGCGACCCGUCCGCGGGACUCUGCGUGAUGCAGGGGGACAAGCCGGGCGCGGACAAGCGUCCGGACACGGCGGCCUCGCCGCCGAUCUUAAUGGUGGCUCCUCACGGAGGAAGGAAUGUGCCUCCUCCUCACGAAGGAAGGAAUGUGCCUCCUCCUCAAGCACGUGACUCUGCUCCCGCGGCGGUCGCCGUAGCGGUCGCUCCUGCGCUCGCCGCAGCCUUAGCGGCCGUCCACAGGUGGCGCCACGGUGCCACCUGACGGCAGACCACCCAAUGCGAUGGCACACGGCGGCGAACCUUUUUCUAUAUUUUACCAUUUCUUCUAAACUGUAGUGCUAUUCUCGCGACGUGCCUCCGCAGGUGCGGCUGGAAGAAAGAGCACCGCUUCGAGUAGCUGGCUGGCGCUACGCAGAAUACUUGGGCGCGUGUGCGCUGUAUUAAACUGCGCACAGAUUCUUCGGAUGUUCCGGCGACACCGUGGUUCAUUUUUUCUUCGUAUUCUUUAAUAUCAUACGCACAUUGCAUACAUACGCUUUGUCAUA